AUGAUUCAAGAACAUCCUGAUGUUAAGGCCUUUAUAUUUCAAGCGAUUUUUUGGUUGAUUAGUGGAUUAUGCUCCUUUUUUUAUGCCUUUACACCGGUCUUAAAAACUCUUUCUGAUCGUAUAAUAGUAACAUUUGAUGAUAUAAAGGUCAACAUUGACAACGAUACAGAUGAUAAUGUUGAUAAUGUUGAUAACGUUGAUAAUGGUAAUAGUAAUGAUAACAAAACCACUGAGAUUACUUACAUCAAGAACAUUAUCGAGGAUAAUGUCGAGAACAAUAAUUAUCGCCAAUUCAAACUUUGA